AUGGAAGUUCCUCAGGUGACCACCGCGACCGAGGAUUCGAUGUGCCGCAAUUUCGUCAAGCGGUUAGUCGCGGGUGCGACCUUAGCUACAGCCAUCGUCCUUGUAUUCGUUCUGUGUCCUCGCACUGCCACGUCACAGCUCAUGGCGACCCUAUUGGCUUUGUGGCUCCGCGACCUUCCUUGUCCGACCAACCAACAACUAUCAUACCCGAGUCAUCGUAUCCGCUCCUCAUGGAACAACUUUCGCAAGAUGCAUAUGUCCUUGCGCCUCUGGCGGUGCGAUGGAAGCUCCUUAUCCCAGGCCUCACCGAACGAUGUGUACAUGUCCAUGCUGCUCGAUCAGCUCGGCAUUGUGUACCUCUUGGGGCUGGUACAGAUCCUGUCCAACUUUAUCGACUUGUCCGUGGUGUCGGCCGGUCGGAAGAACGUGCUCGUGCUCUUGUUCACGGUAUCGGCUACACCCGUUUCCCCCGUUAGCCAAACAUUUGCCCCCGAACAAAGCCGUCGAAGGGACACAGGGGGCGUCAUGUGUGCGUUGAUUGCCAUGGUCAUUGUCACCAAUGUGCUGGGCAUCACCAUGUCCACGGUGUCGGUGACAAAGAUUCUCGUCGUCACCACGGCCGUCACCGUCGACCUGUUUGAAAGUUUGAUCAAGCGCGCGGCCAACGUGAAGGAUUCCAGCCGACUUAUUCAUGGUCAUGCAGGGUUGCUCGGUCGAGUGGAUACCCUCCUGUUUGCGAGCAUUCUCUUUGCGUUGUACAACAUCCACGCUCAACUCCUCGACUGA